CACAUCCACAUCGCUUCCGAGUUCACACACGUUGCGCUCGCCGCCGCUUCGACGGAGAUGGGCGGCGCCGCCGCCGCCGCCGCCGUGGCCCUGCUCGCGGCCACUCGCCGGCGCCCCGCUGCGGGCCCGCUGGCGUUCCUCCUCCCUCGCGCGGCCCGCGCGGGGCUCCACGAGGCUGCUGCUCCGGCGGCGGAGGAGGAGAAGGGGAGGACCCGGAGGAGGCGGAGGAGGAGGAGCAGCAGCAGCCGCCUUCUCGGGCCGGACAUCCCCGACACCUGGGACUCGCCCCCGCGCGCCGCGGCGCGGCCGUCUCCCCCGAGCGGCGCCGGAGUUGAUUAUGACUCCACUGCGACCAUUAUUGAUGGCAAGUCUGUCGCGGAAGACAUAAGGUUUCAGAUCGCUGAAGAAGUUCGUCAAAUGAAAAAUGCAGUGGGGCAUGUGCCUGGCCUAGCUGUUGUAUUGGUCGGCGAUAGAAGGGACUCUGAGUCAUACGUGCGAUACAAAAUUAAGGGCUGUGAGGAGGUUGGAAUAAAGUCCUUGUUGGCGGAGUUGCCUGGGAACUGUACGGAAGACGUAGUGGUGGAUUCUGUGUCAAGAUUCAAUGAAGAUCCAUCUGUUCAUGGCAUUCUUGUGCAACUACCUCUACCACAGCAUAUGGAUGAAGAAAGGAUUCUGAGCGCUAUUAGCCUAGAGAAGGAUGUUGAUGGUUUCCAUCCAUUGAAUGUUGGUAAUCUUGCCCUCAGAAGCCGGAAGCCUUUAUUUGUGCCCUGUGCUGCAAAGGCUUGCCUUGAGUUAUUGCUCCAGUCUGGGAUUGAACUCAUGGGGAAACAUGUCACUGUGAUUGGGAGAAGCAAAGUUGUUGGGUUGCCCACUUCUUUACUUUUACAGAGACACCAUGCCACUGUUAGUAUUAUCCAUGCUUUCACAACAAAUCCAGAAGAGAUUACCCGUCAAUCUGAUAUUGUGAUCUCAGCUGCUGGAGUGGCCAAUCUUGUAAGAGGAAGCUGGUUGAAGAAAGGUGCAGUUGUGAUCGAUGUUGGAACAAACCCAAUUGAGGAUCCAACCAGUGAUUACGGCUAUCGAUUAACUGGAGAUGUCUGCUUCGAAGAAGCUGUGAAGUUGGCCUCUGCUAUAACUCCAGUUCCUGGUGGUGUGGGACCGGUGACCAUUGCGAUGCUUCUUGCGAAUACACUUGACUCAGCGAAACUAGCUUACGGCUUAGCUACUGAAUCCCCUGAAUUGUAAUCUUGCUUCACUUUGCCUUUGUAAAUUACUUUUUUUUCCCCUUUUUAUCGCUCGUUGCUCUCACUUUUGGCUGUUUGAGAGCUGGGAUGUAAGUGUAACAUACAUUUUGCUGAAUAAAUAUUGUAUGAUUAGCAUGUCCAUGCUUGCAGUAA